UAUUAUGCUGUCGUCACAUAUUCAUGAUCCAUUUGCGCCACAUUCUUGCUCAGAUCGUACGUGGGAGAGGCGCUACAUAGUUCACCUCAUUUUUCCCUGGACCAUACACACUCCAAGCAAGACUUCAGCUAGCUGUAGCUAGCUAACAAGUAAGCGCACGUACUUUUUAGCAAAUUGAGCGCCGAGUGCUGGCAAAGAGAGGCAGCCGCAACGAGAUUGAACUUUUUUGUUUUUUGUGAAAACAGCGCAUUUUAUUGCUGCCGAGAUGGUGGAUUAUCACGCUGCAAAUAAUCAAAACCAGCAAUAUUCUUCCGACUCGCAAGCAGACUACAUGCAACAGGAAGAGGACUGGGAUAGAGACCUGCUUCUGGACCCGGCCUGGGAGAAACAGCAGAGGAAGACGUUCACAGCAUGGUGCAACUCCCACCUGAGGAAAGCAGGCACUCAGAUCGAGAACAUUGAGGAGGACUUCAGAGAUGGCCUUAAACUCAUGCUGCUCCUGGAGGUCAUCUCUGGUGAACGGUUACCCAAACCAGAGAGGGGAAAGAUGAGGGUCCACAAGAUCAACAAUGUCAACAAAGCCUUGGACUUCAUUGCCAGCAAAGGGGUGAAGCUGGUGUCCAUCGGUGCUGAGGAAAUUGUGGAUGGGAAUACCAAAAUGACCCUGGGCAUGAUCUGGACCAUCAUCCUGCGUUUUGCCAUCCAGGACAUCUCUGUGGAAGAAACCUCUGCAAAGGAGGGCUUGCUGCUGUGGUGUCAGAGGAAGACCGCGCCCUACAAGAACGUGAACGUGCAGAAUUUCCACAUCAGCUGGAAGGACGGCCUGGCGUUCAACGCACUCAUCCACAGACACCGACCUGAGCUCAUCGACUACGACAAGCUGAGAAAGGAUGACCCAGUGACCAACCUGAACAAUGCCUUCGAAGUGGCUGAGAAGUACCUAGACAUCCCCAAGAUGUUGGAUGCAGAAGACAUCGUGGGCACGCUGCGCCCUGACGAAAAGGCCAUCAUGACCUACGUGUCCAGCUUCUAUCACGCCUUCUCGGGCGCCCAGAAGGCUGAGACGGCAGCCAAUCGCAUCUGCAAGGUAUUGGCGGUCAACCAGGAGAACGAGCAGCUGAUGGAGGACUACGAGAAGCUGGCCAGCGAUCUCCUGGAGUGGAUCCGCCGCACCAUCCCCUGGCUGGAGAACCGCGCCCCGGAGAAGACCAUGGCAGAGAUGCAGCAGAAGCUGGAGGACUUCCGCGGUUACCGUCGCGUCCACAAGCCACCCAAAGUGCAGGAGAAGUGCCAGCUGGAGAUCAACUUCAACACUCUGCAGACCAAGCUGAGGCUUAGCAACCGGCCCGCCUUCAUGCCCUCCGAGGGCCGCAUGGUGUCGGACAUCAACGGGGCGUGGCACAACCUGGAGGGGGCUGAGAAGGGCUAUGAAGAGUGGCUCCUGAAUGAGAUCCGUCGCCUGGAGAGGCUGGAUCACCUGGCCGAAAAGUUCCGCCAGAAAGCCGCCAUCCAUGAGGCCUGGGCUGAUGGCAAGGAGGCCAUGCUGACGCAGAAGGACUACGCGACGGCCUCCCUGUCGGAGGUGAAGGCCCUGCUGAAGAAGCACGAGGCCUUCGAGAGUGACCUGGCCGCCCACCAGGACCGCGUGGAGCAGAUCGCCGCCAUCGCCCAGGAGCUAAAUGAGUUGGACUACUACGACUCCUCCAGUGUGAACGCUCGCUGUCAGCAGAUCUGUGAUCAGUGGGAUGCCCUGGGCACCCUCACCCAGAGCCGCAGAGAGUCACUGGAGAGGACAGAGAAGCAGCUGGAGUCCAUCGAUGAGCUGUACCUGGAGUACGCCAAGAGGGCGGCGCCCUUCAACAACUGGAUGGAGGGGGCCAUGGAGGACCUGCAGGACAUGUUCAUCGUGCACAAUAUUGAGGAGAUCCAGGGCCUGAUCGCCGCCCACGAGCAGUUCAAAGCCACUCUCCCCGAUGCCAACAAGGAGCGGGAAUCCAUCCAGGCCAUCCAGCUGGAGGUGCAGAGGAUCGCCCAGAACAACGGCAUCAAACUGAGCGGCAGCAACCCCUACACCUCCAUCACCCCCGAGAGCAUCGACAGACAGUGGGACAAGGUACAGAAGCUGGUGCCACAGCGUGACACGGCGCUACAGGAGGAGCUGGCACGGCAACAGUCCAACGACCAUCUCCGCCGCCAGUUUGCCAACCAGGCCAACAUCGUGGGGCCCUGGAUACAGAACAAGAUGGAGGAGAUCGGCCGGAUAUCCAUCGAGAUGAACGGGACGCUGGAGGACCAGCUGACCAACCUGAGGCAGUACGAGCAGAACAUCAUUGAGUACAAGCCCAACAUUGACCAGCUGGAGGGAGACCACCAGCUCAUUCAGGAGGCCCUGAUCUUUGACAACAAGUACACCACAUACACUAUGGAGCACCUCCGUGUGGGCUGGGAGCAGCUCCUCACCACCAUCGCCCGCACCAUCAACGAGAUCGAGAACCAGAUCCUGACCCGCGACGCCAAGGGCAUCAGCCAGGAGCAGCUCCACGAGUACCGCGCCUCCUUCAACCACUUCGACAAGGAUCACAGCGGUGCCCUGAUGGCAGAAGAGUUCAAGGCAUGCCUGAUCAGCCUGGGCUACGAUGUGGAGAAUGACAAGCAGGGCGAGGCGGAGUUUGCCCGCAUCAUGAGCAUCGUUGACCCCAACAACAGCGGGGCGGUGACCUUUCAGGCCUUCAUUGACUUCAUGUCCCGGGAGACGACGGACACAGACACAGCAGACCAGGUCAUCGCCUCCUUCAAGAUCCUGGCAGGAGACAAGAACUACAUCAUGGCGGAGGAGCUGCGGCGGGAGCUGCCCCCGGAUCAGGCGGAGUACUGCAUCGCCCGCAUGGCGCCCUACACGGGCCCCGACGCCGUGCCCGGUGCCCUCGACUACAUGUCCUUCUCCACUGCGCUGUAUGGGGAGAGCGACCUCUAAGCAUGGAGAUGUGGGGAGAGAGAGAGUGAGAGGAGAGGGGGAAGAGAGAGAGGGUGAGGGGAGAGAG